AUGGAGUAGGCGGACGCGUUUUGUCCUCAUCGUCUGAGGUGGCCAUCCUAAUGUGACCCACAACAGCAGCAGGGUGGGCGGCGGGGUGGGGGCACAAGGAGUGGUCUUAAUUUGCGAGUCAACAACAUGGCUGUGAUGCAGCAUCACCGCUCGCCGAAGCUGCCGCCGCUGCUGCUGCUGCUGGUCCUGUGCGUCUUGCAGCCGAGCCGCACUCGCAUGUCGGCCAUAUCGGAUUUAAAAUCCAAAAUAUCAGGCGUGGAGGAGCUGCUGCAGGAGUUCCGCGAGCAGCUCCAGCAGGACCAGACGUACCGGCCGCGCGAGGUGGCCGACUCCUGCGUGAGCGACUUCAGCUCGGCCCGCGAUAGCAUCAUCCGGGCCAAGGUCUCCAUCGAGCAGGGGGCCACCUUCCUCAUGGCCCCCGAUCGAGUGGCCACCUGGCGGGAUUGCGUGCACGCCUGCUGCGCGCAGCCUCACUGCACGGUGGCGGUGGUCCAGGGGGAGCCCGGGCAGGCCGGGGGCAGCCUCAGCUGCUACCUGUUCAACUGCACCUACCGGAGCCAAAAUGUCUGCUCUUUCGCACCACAGCCGGGCUUCGCCUCGCACAGCCGCCCGGUGAACGCCACGCCGGGACACGUUGUGCCCGAUUCCUCCGGAGGCUCCGACAACGAGCGCAGGCCCGGGGAGGCGCAGGGCACGCAAGAGGUUGACGAGCCCCCUCGCUGUGAUGCGGGACAGGAUGUGGUGAUCCAACUGCCCACCGAUUGGGCGGUUUUGGACGGCCGCGACAGUGUGGACGACCACGGAAUUAGUCGCUACGACUGGACUCUCAUCAAGGGGGACACAGCCAUCACUAUGAAGGCAACUCAUCCGGGGCUGCUUAAGAUCAGCGGUCUGCAGGAAGGUGUCUACACUUUCCAGAUGACUGUUACUGACACAUCCGGUCAGAAGACGUCCGACAAUGUGUGUGUUACGGUGUUGGCGCCCAAACACCAAGCAGAAGUGUGUACUGGCCACUGCUCAAACUACCAGUUCAAAUGUGAUGACGGCUGUUGCAUUGACAUCACCUUUGCCUGUGAUGGGAAGCAGCAUUGUCCUGAUCGAUCAGAUGAAGACUUCUGUCCGAACUUUGACACCAGCAGGAAGUCUGUGACCCACGCUGAGGGUCUGCCCAUCCCUCAGCUUCCAGUGCCGCACACUGAAGAGUCUGCGGACAGUUUCGUGGUCCGGGCUGGGCCUAGGAAGACCAGCGACAAUGGCAGACUUUCUCAGGAGAGGAGCAAAGUCACACCUCCACCCAGUCGCCAGCAGGAUUCAAACAGUCAAGACCCGUGCUCCACCGCUCCAGUUGUUGGACCUUGCAAGGGCACCUUCGCACGCUGGUACUACGACCAGGUAGCAGGAGAAUGCAAACACUUCCUUUACGGUGGUUGCCAGGGCAACCAUAACAACUUCCUCCAGGAAUCGGACUGCAUCAGUGAAUGUAUACAGAAAAGUCCAGGUUUUAAACCAGCUACUGUGGCUCCUCCUAUCACCAAGCAGACUGAAAUAGCUACUCCCAGAGUCUCGCAGAGCCAAGAAAGUGACAUCGCAGUCUCCAAACAGUUUCCAGUAAAGGGAGGACAUCCGGUCCCUGAGUCAGGUGCCAUCCUUCCACUGGCACUGGGCCUGAUCAUCACCGCCCUGCUGCUGCUCAUGAUUGUCUGUCGCCUCAGGCUCGUUCGCCACAAGCUGAAGAAAGCGCGGCCCCUCACCACAGAGGAGUCCGACUACCUCAUCAACGGCAUGUACCUGUAGCCACAAACCAAAUCUCUUGACAGUUCUGACCCGGGAAAUAGAAAGGAUGGGACCCCCGGAGCCUGGACCUUUUCAAUUUGCACUGUAUUUUUCCUGUAGCGUAACGUCUGUAAUUAGUUUUCUUUGAGCUUGAAAUCAUUCUAUCCUGCUCUGCUAUCCCUCAUGCUUCCACAGUGAAACGGAUGCGAUGCUGCCUUCAUAGUCAACGACAUCUUCUAAUGCUUGGGUCAUAAAUGGACAAAUGUAUUGGGACACCUGGACACAUACACCUUACUGGAACUUAAAAAAUAUAAUAUAUAUAAAGAAAUAUAGAGUUGGUCACUCCUUUAGAAGGCAUGGCUCAUUAUCUCCACUCUACUUCAUCCCAAAGGUGUUUAAUUGAUGUCAGGGCUUUGAAAAUGUCCCGCACCAAACUCAUCUUAGCAUGCCUCAUUGGACCUUGCUAAUAUUUUGGGGAAGUUAUUAAGAUGAGUGUUACAAUACUUCAACAAAUAGUGUAAAAAUGUUAUCAGAAAAUCUAUUACAAACACAAUCAGAACUUAUUAAAGUCCAGUUGGUCAUGACUAGAUGAUAUUUUUCUUGAGUAGAAUCAAAAGGGUUUUUGUUUUUCUUUCAUUUUUUUUUUACAUCUUUACAAUAAUGUACUGUGCCAUAUUAGCGCUCUCAUACAUAAAACUGACCUGUGGAUAGAAAUGUAAAUACACUUGAGUCGUGGAUUAGUACACUUUUUCUUUUCCUGAAACAUAAGCCAUAGUAACAGUCAUAUAGUACUCCUCGUCCUAGUCUCUAAUGCAUCCUUGCAAAGCCUCAUGUGUAUGUGUAAGAUGGAGCUCACGUUUUCAUUCAGUUUGUAUUUCAUCUGAGAUUAAAGUUUAUUAUAUAAAAAGGAUCUUGUCACGUGUGGGGAGUAGCUGGACCCAAGAGCAGGCGGAGGCAGAUUAUGGAGGUGGUCCUGGAUGUGUUGGGAGGCGGCGGCGUGGACAGGUGGCAGGCAGAGGACAGAACAGGCGGCUGGCUAGGUGGCAGGAAUGACGUGGGUCAGGAACACAGGGGAGCACUGGGAACGAGGAGACAAGAGUUAACAAGGGAAGCGAGGAACAGUAUAGCUUACUUGACAUUAGGUGGGCUGUGGUCCCGCUAGGAGAGGCUGCAAUACUUAGGUGAGGAUUUCUGGGAACAGGCAGGCUGGUGAUGAGGCUGAUUGGAGACAGGUGCUGAAAACAGAGAGGGGGAGGGGGAAAGAAAGGACACAAAGCGCCCUCCCGGCUCCAAUAAUGGAACUGCAGGGCAGUAUAUGACAGAUCUGAUGUUAAUCAGUGCAUCAAUUUAAAUUGAAUCAAUUUAAUUAUUUUUUAAUAUUAAUUUUUGACAAAAAAUGACAAAAUAUAAAACGAAAAGAUGUAUAUAAAACCUACCCAUAACAUUCAAAAACAUCAUGCAAGGUUUUACGCAAAGAUCCAUUCGAGGCUUGCAAUAUUGUCCAACCUAUCAUCUCCAGAAGAGGUAGUUACUCAGCCUCAAGUUCACCUGAUAAAUGUGAAAUGUCAUUCGUUUGUUCAACAUCCAUAAACCGUCCCCAAACUCCAUCUCCCGAUUGUCUCUCAGAGUAUUUAAUUACAUACAAUAAAAUGGAAUCCCUUUUUAUUUUUUUUGUCAGUCACUGGCUUAAAUGUUUUAAGUGAAUAAACUGAAAAUUCAAAAUGUA